AUGCUGAAGCUGCGAGAGGCUGUGAAGCUGCCAAAAGCUGCGAGAAACGCUGAAGCUGCGAGAAGACUAGACACGGCCGACUGGCAACAUCUGGACUGGUACAACCAAUCCGUGAAGUAUAGCGUAGCGUACAGGGCUCCAAAGCCCACUUAUGUCCUGAACGAGCUCGUCAACCAGCAGACGUACAGACUCACCGGUUACCGGUGGUUCUGGGUCGCAGAUGACAACAUUGACUUCACCCAUCUCGACGUUUCGCGCUACACCAGUUUGGCUGCGGAGUCCGGAGCGAGCAUCGUCCAGCCUGCAGUUGAGUUCGACUCUGAGGGAAUCCCGUCGCAUGAGAUCGUGCUUGCCUACACCGGGGCUGUGCAGCUGCCCAAUCACGGCUGGAGCCAUAGCCUGUACCGCUACACGGACUUCGUGGAAGUCAUGAGCCCGAUGUUCUCCGUGGAGGCCCUCCGCGCCGCCUGGAAGCUCUACAUCCCAGGCUUGCGCAGCGACUUCGGCAUGGAUCAAGUUUGGUGCCGCUACGUAGCAAGCCAGCUGUCCAGCCCAUCCGAUCGGACCUGCGCGAUCAUUGAUGCCGAGCACAUGCUUGGAAGUUCUGGCCCAAGCCAUCCCAUAAGCAGCUUCGCGAGCCUUUUGUCAAUGGCUCCCUCGGAAGAAGGUGGUGGUGUGUUCCCCCGCAAGCAGAAGGGCGAAGUGUGGCACUGGCAUGUCCGCUUCCCCGGUGCCUCGCACACAGACUUCGUGGUGUCAGUUGGCAAAGAUGAGCGGGAGUUCGCAGACACUCUUCUGGGCAUUCUCAGAUCUCUGGAGCCGAAGAUGCAUGGCGACAAUGCCGAGCUCCGGAGACUUUGCCGGGAAAGGCUUAAGCAACUCCGGCGCAAUGGGCGAGAAGCAGAUUCCCCCGAAGCUGCGGCGUCCUCGAGCGCUGUUGUAGGGGCCUCCGCCGGAUCGAAAGCCGCAGAGCCCGAAGAAAGCAUGUCAAAGAUAGAACUGGAGUGCGAAGUGUGCUUCGAGGAGUUCAACGACUCGACGCGCGCACCCUUUUUAAGCCGCUGUGGACACACUUUCUGCCAGUCCUGUAUGAAAGAGCUCAUCGGGCAGCGCAAUACGUACGACUGCCCCACCUGUCGGAAGACGUUUGCAAGCAACGAGUGCACGAAGAACUUCUGGAUCAUUCAGAACUUGCCAGCGCUGCUACAGAGAAAAGCAGCUUCCCCUGCGUCGACUCCGAAGCUGGGCCGGCCAAAAGCUGCAGAGGCUGAGAGAAGCCCGCCGAUGAAGAAAUCGCGAAAACAGAACCGACAGCUGGAGGCAACAAAUCCAAGCAGUAGUCAACUCUUUUGCGGCAGCCGCUCCACAGACCAGACGAGCUUGGAUCCGCGUCCAGCAGCGGUCGAGCUGCCUCCUAGCUCACAGGCCCUUCCUCCAGGUUGGGAGCAGGCCAUUGACACCCAAAGUGGCGACUCCUACUUUUUCAACAAGUAUCAGCAGGUGACCUGGGAACGCCCAGAGUCCCUUCCUGCAGGUUGGGAGCAGGCCAUUGACGCCCAAAGUGGAGACUCUUACUUUUUCAACAAGUAUCAGCAGGUGACGUGGGAACGCCCACAGUCCCUUCCUCCAGGUUGGGAGCAGGCCAUUGACCCCCAAAGUGGCGACUCCUACUUUUUCAACAAGUAUCAGCAUGUGACCUGGGAACGCCCUCAGUCCCUUCCUCCAGGUUGGGAGCAAGCCAUGCACCCCAACAGUGGGGAGACCUACUAUUUUCACAGCUCUACCCAUGAGACUCGCUGGGAGCGUCCUGCGUAA